AUGUCGUUGACGGGGAUAGGCCAAGAGCGCAGCCCUGCUACGAUUGAGAAGGGAGAAAACAUCAUCUAUGGUGAAGCGAAUAGUAGUGAUCGAUCUACAGACGAAUUUACUUGGACGCAAGAGGAAGAGACACUGGUCCGUCGCAAGUUGGACAGGGUCAUCGUUCCCCUCACGACAUUUCUUUAUCUGUUAUGCUUUCUCGAUCGCGUCAAUGUCGGGAAUGCGCGUAUCCAGGGCAUGGGAAAAGAUCUUCAUUUAGUCGGAGUCCGCUUCAACUGGGUUACUUCGAUAUUCUACAUUGUCUACAUGUUUGUUGAGGUACCUAGCAACAUCCUCCUGAAGAGGAUUGGCCCGAAGUAUUACCUUCCCCUUCUGGUCGUUGGCUUUGGUUUCGUGUCUCUCUGCACCGCCUUUGUGCAUAGCUUCCAGGGACUAUUGGCCGCAAGAGCUAUGCUUGGCAUGUUUGAGGGUGGUGUUAUGCCCGGCCUGGCUUUUUUCAUUACUUGCUUCUACAAGCGCAACGAACUUUUGUUCCGCAUCGGUAUCUACGUCUCCGCGGCCUCCAUGGCAGGCGCUUUUGGUGGGCUCCUAGCUACGAUCCUCGCUCGCAUUCCUCCGUGGGGUAUCUCUUCUAUGGUCAUUCACACCUGGCGUAACAUCUUCUUCUUUGAGGGACUUUUCACCAUGCUUGUCGGCCUCGGUGCACCAUUUUUAAUGCCUCGAAGUCCCCAAGAGUGCUGGUUCUUAAACGAAAGAGAACGUAUGAUUGCCAUGCAGCGACUUGUUCUAAAAGGUGGAGGCGCCGAGGAUGAGAAAGUCGAAGUGCACCACGUCAAGAGGGCGGUAAUGAACGUAACUAACUACUUCUGCGCCCUGGGGUUCUUCUUCAUCAACAUCACUGUACAGGGUAUUUCACUAUUCAUGCCCACUAUUUUGAACGACCUUGGUUGGACUGCCACGAAGGCACAACUCUACUCCGUGCCUCCGUAUGUUUGCGCCUGUCUCGUUGCCGUUGGCAUAGCAUUCAUCUCGGAUAAGACCAAUCGCCGCGGUAUCUACCUCGCCAUCUUCACCCUUCCCGCCAUCGCUGGUUUCGCGAUUAUGCGAUGGGCAUCAAACCCUGACGUUCGAUACGGUGGUAUAUUCCUAAUCACACUCGGUGCUUUCCCUGGGGGUCCUGGCUUCCUCGCCUGGUCAGCAAAUAAUGCUGCCGGCCCCGCUGUGCGCUCGGUAUCUACUGCUUAUGUCGUAACCUUGGGCACCGCGGGUGGUAUCCUUGCAACCUGGACAUAUACCAGCAAGGAUGCGCCAAAGUACCCAACGGGCCACACAAUCAAUUUGUGUGGUCAGAUUUGCGUUCUAAUUCUCGCUUGCGGCGGUAUCGCUUAUUGCAAGUGGGAGAAUAGGCAGCGCGACCUAGGCAAGCGUGACCACCGUGUGAACGGAUUGAGUGAAGCACAGAUUAGAGGUUUAGGGUACAGACACCCUGAGUUCAGUACCCAAUGGGGCGACGAAGGCAAGGGCAAGCUCGCCGAUAUCCUCGCACACGAGUCACAAAUCUGCUGCCGCGCGCAGGGCGGUAACAAUGCGGGACACACGAUUGUCGCCAACGGCGUCACGUACGAUUUCCACAUCCUCCCAUCCGGCCUCGUGAACCCCAACUGCGUAAACCUCAUCGGAAGCGGCUGUGUGGUACAUGUACCGAGCUUCUUCAAGGAAUUGGAGGCUUUGGAAAAGCAUGGCUUGAAGACCGAGGGCAGGAUAUUCAUCUCAGACAGGGCUCACGUCGUGUUUGAUGUCCACCAGCUGGUAGAUGGUCUGGAGGAGGUGGAGCUGGGUGGAGGCUUUAUUGGCACCACCAGGAAGGGCAUCGGCCCAACUUACAGCACCAAGAUGACCAGGAGCGGUCUUCGCAUGUGCGAUCUCUUCGACGAGCACAUCUUCGAACAGAAGCUUAGGAGGCUCGCUAUGGGAUAUCAGAAGCGGUUUGGCGAUCUAUUGAAAUACGACCCAGAGGAAGAGAUUGCGAAGUUCAAGGUCCUGCGCGAAAGACUUGCUCCUUAUAUCGUCGAUCAGAUCCCAUUGUUGGCUUCGGCGAAGGAGAAGAAUACAAAGAUUCUGGUCGAAGGCGCAAAUGCGCUGAUGCUGGAUAUCGACUACGGAACCUAUCCCUUCGUCACGUCCUCUAACACAGGCCUCGGCGGCGUCAUCACAGGUCUCAGCCUGGGGUGGCGGUCAUUGAAGGAAGUAAUUGGGGUUGUGAAAGCUUACACGACCCGAGUCGGAUCCGGUCCCUUUCCCACUGAACAACUCAACGAACUUGGCGAGAAACUUCAGUCGGUCGGCCAUGAAGUCGGUGUCACGACAGGGCGUAAGCGACGCUGUGGCUGGCUCGAUCUCGUCGUGGUCAAGCACUCACACGCCUGCAAUGACUACACUGCUAUUAACCUGACUAAACUUGAUGUCCUAGACGACUUUGACGAGCUCAAGAUUGCGACAUCGUACUCCAUCAACGGCCAGCCGCUCGAGGGAUUCCCCUCCAACCCCGACGUCUUGUCACAGGUCGAGGUCCACUAUGAGACACUUCCUGGAUGGAAAAAGCCCACCACCGGCGCGAAGAGCUAUUACGACUUGCCCAAUCAGGCGCGGACAUAUAUCGAGUAUAUCGAGAAGUUUAUUGGCGUCAAGGUCAAGUGGAUUGGUGUUGGCCCAGCGCGCGAUCACAUGAUUUCCAGAUCUUCAUAA